AUGCCUCUUGAACAGAUUCGACCCGUCGCCGGGCUCAACUCGUCCGAGUCGCUGCGACGCGCCAGCUACUUUGGCGAAGCAUCUACAUCCUACACGAGCCAGAGCCAAUCUCGCGACGACCAUGGCAGCGAUUCGGAUCGGGAUCAUGCCGAUCACGAUGGCGACGAUGAAGAUGCCGAUCUCAGGCGAUAUUCGACGUCGUCUCGCAAAAGCGAGUCGAUGAGCCUGUCUAAGCUCGGUGGCGUGGGUGGUGUCACGCGAUCUGGCAGCUGGGGCCGCAACUCACUGUCCGACGAAUCGCAUUCUGCCCGACCGCACCGUGACGAAUCACGUCAGUCGCUCUUCCGGCCUCUCCGAUCGUCACUCGCCCAAUACCGCGAGGAAUCCGACGAGGAGGAAGGUUCCCACGCCCACACCACCGCGCAAUCUUCGGGUCUUCCAUCUGCCUUUGAAGUCGGCGGAGCUGCCGAUCGGCGAAGCUCCGAUGGCGACCACGGCAAACCCGCCGCCACGCUCCGUUGCGAUCCACAGCCCGAUCGAGCCACCUCCUCCGGGCCACCAGCAUCAUCACGAACCUCGACUGCCUCUUCUGCGGCCGCUUUCUCCCUGCGCUCCCUCUCCAAUCGCAACUCCACCGGCAGCGUGUCGAGUCUGGCAUCCUCGGUCGUCUCUCGCGGCGAAUCAGAUCGACUGACUCCCGCGACCCCCACCGAAUCGCCUAUCGCGCUCGAUCCAUCCUUGUCUGCCAAAUCUCCGGCCGAGUCCGCCCUGACAAGCUCUUCGUCCUCGACCUCGCUCACCGCUCCAGCGAGCCCGACAAGAACCGAGUUGGCCGACCCGUCGCUUCCUGUUCCGAGCAAUGCCCCGCACGACGACGAGGCUCAAAGGACAGCUCCCUCGCCACCCGUAGACCAGAUGGCAACGAAAGAGCACCAACUCGACACACACGCUGCCGCGUUCACAAGCGAUGAUGCAACGUCAGCAUCACCGGAUCAAAAGAGCUACGCGCGUGAACACGACAGCGCAGCGAACAACCCAGCAACCUUCUUGACCAGCCAACUGUCUCCUCCACCCGACAAGAUGAACACUCGAGCCGAGUCCCUCAGCCCAGCAAGUUGCCUCCAACCCAGCGCUGAAGAGCUCCUCUCGACUUCGUCCACAGGCAUCUAUUCGCCCCUCAUCCCGCGUCGUCAUUCGGGCAUGAUCAUGCUGCGCUCACGAUCCCAGCUCGCGCUGCAUUCCGGGCUUGCCAUGACGUUUGCCAACUCGGGAGGCGGCCGAGCUGCCGCCCGAGAGCGCGCCCGCAAGCAGACGGGCUGGGAAAACGCGCCCUUCAGCGUUCUCGAAGCGCAGCGACACGCCCGGAGCUUUGCCUAUUCACAACCUGCGUCUCCCGGCGCCUCGACAACGACCAUCGCAUGGGAUCCUUCCGCAAGCCCGGCGUUGCUCCAGCCAGCCGCGAAUGUCACAGAAGGCGGGCUGGCAAGCUCGCCCCAGCUAGCUACACGUCCGCUGGGCCGAACGUUGGCAUCACCAGAAUUGUCUCCUUCCACCCAACUGCCCGUGGACUCUAGCGCAUCUACUCAACGCCCAGCUCCCCCCUUGCGUCAAAAGUCGGAACACAGCCUCUCUCGGGCCGCUCUGCUGCGUCUUGACACGAUGCUGGGCUGUCCCGUCAACGAGCCAGCCGACCCGGCCUUGCCGUCCUCUGCCGACGCUGCCUCGUCAUCCGUAUCGGUUGGGCCCAGGAUGCAGCCUGUCCGAUCGCCAUCGGGAUCUGUGAUCUUGGGGUCCAGCAGCCUCCUGCGCACCCCGACGACGGAAGAGUGGUCGCGCUACCUCGAGAGCCAGGGGGUCGGAUUGGCAGGGCGAAGAAGCCGGACAGGCACCAACCUCAGCUCGGGCUCUUCCGCACAGCGUAUCAACCGGAUGGCCAUGUCGGGGAUCCAGUCCCCAUCCAAAGCCGACAUUGAGUCUGGCGUGGCUGGCGGCGCAGAGUACGGAGAUGACAGCGAUCUCGACAGCGACGACUCGGACGAUCACGAUCUCGGCGUCGAAGUGUUGGAGAAGCUCAAGCAGCUUGGGCUGAGCCGCGCUGCAAGCAGGGCAGGCUCGGUAUUCGGCGAUGAGCUGGCGAGCCUGCAUGAAGAGGACGAGGACAAUCUAUCGCCUGUCUCGCCGCAGAUCGACAAGGUCCAAGCUGUCGAGGAUCUGACCCCGCUCACUCCGUUGGCGUCCGGCGCCAAGACCCUUCCGCCGCAAGCCUCGCCUGGGCUUUUGUACGAUGGCAGCCCUGGCACACCUCAACCCGCUAUCGAGCGCGGCGCAACGAUGCGUCUGCCGCGAAGCAAGCGACCCACCAUGUCCAUGUCGGGCGAUCUGCAGCCUGCAGGCCAGCUAUAUCCUUCGGACUACAAGGGGCAGAAGGGCAUCACGGACUUCGAGAUCGUGUCCGACGUGGGCCGCGGCGCAUACGGUCUGGUGAAGAAGGCGAGGAAGAAAGGGCCUGACGGACGUCCGCAAGGGAAAGAGGUGGUGAUCAAGUACAUCAUCAAGAGCCGAAUCCUUGCGGACUGCUGGCGUCGGCAUCGCGUGCUCGGGCCGAUUCCCGUAGAGAUUCAUGUUAUGGAUCAGCUACGACGUAUCGCGUACGUGCCGCCCUCCAAGCCUCGACCGUGGGCGCCUCAGCGGCCAAAGACGCUGGAGGAGUAUCGUGCACGCAAGAGAGCGGAAGCCGAGGGUGAGCAGGUGGCUGUUGCCGAUGCCGCCUCGGCCGAUGGCGCGCUCUCGCAUCCCAACAUCUGCAAGAUGCUCGACUUUUUCGAAGACCACGAGUUCUACUAUCUCGUGAUGCCCUGCUUUGGACGGGGUCAAGAUCUGUUCGACUUUGUGGAGAGCGCGCCGGAUGGACUGGCGGCGUCGCAAUGCCGAAGCAUCUUUGGACAGGUAGCGGAUGCGCUGUGGUUCCUGCACGCUAACAACAUCGUGCAUCGCGACAUCAAGGACGAAAACGUCGUGCUGGACGGCGAGGGCAACGCGCAGCUGAUUGACUUUGGCAGCGCCGCGCACGUGCGCCCAGGCAAGCUCUUUGACACGUUUAGCGGUACGCUCGACUACGCGGCUGCGGAGAUCCUGCAAGGCGAAAAGUACUCGGGGCAGGCGCAGGAUGUGUGGGCGCUGGGCGUGGUCGGCUUCGUGCUGCUGUGUGGAGAGUGUCCCUUCUGGAACGGCGAAGAGGCGAUCCAGGGGCUCGAGGACGGCACGCGCGCGGCGCAGACGCUCAAGGAGCGCUGCCUCAUUGCGCGUGUCACGCCGGCAGACGCGGACAGCGAGCCGAGGGAGGAGGAGGGGGAGCUGGCUCCGCUCGACCCAGCCUGGUCGCGGGGCAAGGACAAGGAAGGCGCCGAGCCGGACGGCGGCGGAAGGGUGGACGACUUUGUGGACCUCAUCUCGCGCUGUCUCGAGCUCGACGUCGAUGCCAGACCGAGUGCCGAGCAAAUCUGUCAGCAUCGAUUCCUCGCCGGCCACGCGGGCUGGACGGGGCGGCGCGGAUGGCAGCGGCUCAAGGCGCCGCUAGUCGCAUCGUGCAGCGUGCCGGCUGAAGUCAAGGUCAGCGCCGCACCUACGAUUCUCGCCCCUUCCCUGUGA